AUGGCGAUCUGUACUUACAACGCACGUACGCUUGCAUCGGAAGCGGCCAUCGAAGAUCUGAUGAUGCAAGCCAAGAAGAUCAAGAACGACGUCAUCGGACUGACCGAGACGAGACGACGUCACCCUCUCAACGCCGUAUAUGGGACUGGAGAAGAACUGUUCUUAAGAACAUGCGACAGUAGAGGUGUUGGUGGAGUUGGCAUCCUCGUCAACACGAGAACGGCAAAGAACAUCGACACUUUCGAACAACUUACGACCCGAAUCGGACGUCUGCGGAUGAGAAGAUGUGGUCCAACACCAGCUUUGACUACCUUCGUCGCUUACGCUCCAACAUCAAGCUACGAAGAAGUCGAAGCUUUCUAUAUGGGCCUGGAGAAGUUCUACCAAGAAGAUCAUGCCUUCUGCAAGGUCAUAAUUGGCGAUUUCAACGCCAACGUUGGCCCAAGAAGAACGCCGGAGGAACUUCACAUCGGGACCCACGGCCUGCAAUGGGAAGACCAGGGGGAGAGGCUCUCCGAGUUCAUCAUAACGACUAAGACCAUCCAUAGGUACUCGCAAUUCCAGAAGUCCUCCUCUCUACGCUGGACGUGGGAGUCACCCGGUGGAGGGUACCGUAAUGAAAUAGACCACAUCAUUGUCAAUAAAGGGUUCUGCCUGACGGACGUCGCUGUUGUACUAAAGUUCAAUACAGGAUCGGACCAUCGCCUCCUCCGAGGAAGAUUUUCCUUCACAAGAAGGGCAGAGAAAGCCACCAAGUUCAGAGGGAGAAAUCCCAGGACUAUCAUCAACUGGGAUCUCUUCGCUACGUUAGCCGGCUUUUGGGAAGGUUCCGCAAUGGACAACAUCGGCGAGGAAUAUGACCGGCUCGUUGAACACUUUCACGGCUGCGCGAAGAAGGCUAAGAGUUUCAAAACCACCAAGAGACCCCUGUCUCUUGAACUCUUGAGUUGA